AAAGUACCCCAUUCUCCCAUAGAAGUCACUUUUAUAGAAUACUCUUUAAACUCCCAUUCUACUUGAGCUUUCACUACAUUCAUUUUAUUUCCUUUUAACCAUUCUAUCUAUUCGUACCGUCACUUGUCAAGCGUUCCACAGUUUUCGAUAUUCAGUUACCCACAGUUUGACAUUCAUUUAUCCACAGUUUGACAUCCAUCCUUAUCCAAGUCUCAUGUCCCCGAAAAUGUUCUUCCCCAAGAUGAUACGCAUUGAAGACUUGUCCCCCAGACAGAAGUGGCUCUUCGGGCUAGCGAACCUUGCAGUAGUGGUGCUAUCGUGGGUGCUUUCGUCCUUCUUCAUCAGCGAGCUCUUCGAGACCAACGUCUACCGCAAGCCGUUUUUCAUCACCUAUGUGAACACCGCAUUAUUUGUAUUCUACUUGUUGCCGUUUGCCAUUGUGCACCGUUUCAAUCUCAGCGUGUUCUGGAGGAAGUUACAAGAGGAGAGACGCUACUCCAGCGCGCUUUUGAGCGACCAGACGUCUGACUACGGCUCUGACGACAACGACUUUGUGGUUUCGCUGGCGGUCUCACCGAAACCGACCGACCGCAUCCUGUUGUUGGAGACGAUCAAAUUGAGCGCUCAGUUCUGCAUGUUGUGGUACCUAGCCAACCUAGUCACCAACGCGUCGUUAUCAUAUACCUCCGUCGCGUCGCAGACCAUUCUCUCGUCAACUUCGUCUUUUUUCACGCUUCUCAUCGGCUACCUUGCGCACGUGGAGAAGAUCCUGACCAAGAAAAUCGCCGGCUUGGUGUUGUCUUUCACCGGGGUGUUGAUUGUGACAUACUACGAUCCUGAGGCCAGCAGCCUGGCGGAGAAGAAGACCACCAUGGUUGUUGUUUUGGGAAACAUUCUAGCAUUGGGCGGCGCAUUGCUUUACGGAGUGUACACCAUUUUGCUCAAAUUCAAGGUCAAGGACGAGUCCAACAUGAACAUGAAGGUUUUCUUUGGCUUUGUGGGGAUCUUCAACUUGGUUCUUCUCUGGCCGACCCUUAUUGUGUUCCAUCUCACCGGCGUCGAGACCUUCGAGCUCCCUAACACGUGGCAUGUGUGGAAGAUUCUCCUCAUCAACGGGUUCAUCACGUUCGUGAGCGACUUCUGCUGGGCUAAAGCCAUGUUGUUGACGUCUCCGUUGACCGUCACAGUGGGGUUGUCUACCACUAUCCCAAUUGCGAUGAUUGGCGAUAUCUGGUUCAAGAAGAUCCAUACAAGUUUCAUCUAUAUCUUUGGUGCUGUCAUCAUUUGCGUCUCGUUCCUUAUCAUCAACAAUGACGAAGAGGAGGACAGCACCGAGGUGAUUUAAAGAGAAAAAAAAUUGGGUUUGGGUUAGCAUCUGCAUAUUUUAAUACAUUAUAUAAAGAACAACUUGGUGUAUUAGAUAAACUAGGUCGUGAUGAAUAACAAAGGAGUAGGUGGCUACAAUACGACUAUGGAAACAUACGCGAAUCGUGGUAUAUC